UUCCAUUCUGGUUCACAUUCCAGUUCAGAAGGGGGCGGUAAUGCACACUUUUGCACACCGUUUGCCAAGCGCUAUUUAAUCUAAGAAGAAGAAGAAAAAAAACAACAGAUAUGUAGUCGCACAGCAGAUGGUUGUCCCGGUCACAGCGAACAGUAAUGGGCGGGUCCAGAGUUUGUUUGAAGACGGUGGUCUGUCUUCGUUAGCGGUUCCGUAUGGCGUGGCCGGUCCAGUUUCUCUUCCGGGGCCUUCGCACUGUCGGAUUGGUUCUCCUCUACUAUGUCUUCUCCAUAGGCAUCACCUUCUAUAACAAAUGGCUGAUGAAAGGCUUCCACUAUCCCUUGUUCAUGACGCUGGUUCAUCUUGGGGUCAAUUUCUGUCUGUCAGCUCUGACGCGGCGGGCUAUGCAGUGCUGGACGGGGAAACCCCGCAUCAUUCUGACCUGGGAAGACUACCUCCGUAAAGUGGCUCCAACAGCCUUGGCAACAGCACUGGAUAUAGGGCUUUCCAACUGGAGCUUCCUCUUCAUCAGCAUUAGUUUGUACACCAUGACCAAGUCCUCAGCAGUGCUGUUCAUUCUCUUUUUCUCCCUUGUGUUCAAACUAGAGGAGCCGAACCCCUUCCUGAUCCUCGUGGUCCUGCUGAUCUCCAGCGGACUCUUUAUGUUUACAUUUGAGUCGACUCAGUUCAACAUGGAGGGCUUCAUCAUGGUGCUGUUGGCCUCCUUCAUCGGGGGAAUCCGCUGGACCCUCACUCAGGUCCUCAUGCAGAAAGCGGAGCUGGGUCUUCAGAAUCCCAUCGAUACCAUGUACCACCUCCAGCCUCUCAUGUUUCUUGGACUUUUCCCCCUUUUUCUCUACAAUGAAGCGCUGAGCCUGAGUGCUUCAGAGAAGUUAUUCCGGGUGACGGAGCUCUCUCCACUCCUCUAUUCCCUCGCGACGCUGAGCGUAGGCGGCACGCUGGCCUUCGGGUUGGGCUUUUCUGAGUUUCUCCUCGUCUCCAAGACCUCCGGCCUCACAUUGUCGAUAUCAGGAAUCUUUAAGGAGGUAUGCACGCUGCUUUUGGCAGCAUCUCUGAUGGGAGACAGAAUGAGCAAACUGAACUGGCUGGGGUUCGCAGUGUGCCUCUGUGGGAUUUCUUUACACGUGGGACUCAAAACAUACUAUUCCAAAAGUAAGUAUAUAAAAGACGCUACCUUCCAUGCCUGGCUUCCGAGAACGUUGCUGGUCCAGCCAAUGCUGUGUUUCCUGCUCAGUGUCUUCCUGCUGCUGUCCUCAGGAGUUCAUGGCCAGGGUCGUCUGAAGCUGACCGUUCUGUCUGAGGACCGAUUGCAGAUGAAGUGGAAAGAGGCUGAUGGUCCCGUUCAAGGAUACAAAGUUCGGGUCAGAACAAUGUCAGAAGAGCAGCAACCAGAGCUGAUGCUGACCACCACCCGAGGCCGGGCAACAGUGGCGGGACUGGACUCCAGUCAGGAAUACUCCCUCCAAGUCUUCGUUCUGAACGGGACGACGGAGAAGCUUCUGGCAAAAAGGCGAUUCACUUUGGAGGGUCUGCGAGAGGAGGAGAUGAUCCGCAGCGGUAGCCGUGAGAACCGUAGGAAGUUGAUCCCAGGCGGGUCGGCCUCGGGGGACCUGGACGAUUCGACGGCUGUUCUGUUGGACCUGCCAACAGUUCUGUUUCCAGAACCCACUCUUACCACUGCUGCCACCGUCUCUACUGCAGAGCCCUCAGCCAGCGCUUCCGAAUACCCUGAUGAGCCCCCAGAGAAAAGCACCAGAGAGAAGAGGAAGAGGAAGAAAGAGAAGGAGCAGCAUAGUUCCACAGUGGAAAACAAGGAGGAGCAUGGGAUGAAACAGGGCUUUCCCCAGAGGAAGCCAUAUGAGUGUGAGAGUGACACGGCGGCAGACAUCAUGCUGUUGGUUGACGGUUCCUGGAGCAUCGGACGCACCAAUUUCAGGCGGGUCAGAGACUUCCUGGAGGGUCUGGUGACGCCGUUCAACAUUGGACCAAACCACAUUCAGAUCGGGCUGACCCAGUACAGCGGAGACCCUCGCACCGAGUGGCACCUGGGUAACUUCACCACAAAAGAGCAGCUGUUGGAGGCAGUGAGGAAUUUCAGAUACAAAGGAGGAAACACAUUUACAGGACAGGCACUGCUCCACGUCAUGGAGGAAAACAUGAAGCCUAAGGCAGGAGCGCGAGCCAGUGCACCAUUUUUUCUGGUUCUGUUGACUGAUGGGAAGUCUCAGGACGAUGCCAUUGCAGCAGCUAACCGGCUGAAGAAUGCAGGCGUGGAAAUCAUCGCUGUAGGUGUGAAAAAUGCAGAUGAAGCUGAAUUGAGGCAGGUGGCAUCAGAGCCAGUUGACCUGAACGUCUACAACGUAAAUGAUUUCCCCCUGCUCAGCAAGCUGGUCGCUCGGCUGGUUCACAUUCUGUGCAGGAGGAUAGAGGACCGUGGCAUCUCAAAACGAAUGGAGCCUGCACCCACCACACAGCCAGGCCUCUCCUUUCCCAGUCCUACUGAUCUGCGGUUUUCCCAACUUGGAUCCAGACAAGUGAAGCUGCACUGGACCAAUCCUGCCCAGCCCGUCCAGCAGUACAGAGUGGUUUACCACAGUGCUGAGAGUCAGAGUCCACAGGAGGUGGUUUUAUCCGGCUCUGAAUCCACUGUUCUGCUCGAUGGCCUCUCAUCUCAGACACUCUAUCACAUCUCCAUAUUCCCUGUGUACACCAGCAGCGUUGGCUUGGCCCUCAGAGGAACUGUCACUACAUUGCCUCUGGCUAUGCCAACCGACUUGGAAGUGACUCCCUCCUCUUACAGUACUCUGCAAGUAAGUUGGAGUCCAGCUCCUGGUGCGACUCAUUACAUGAUCCUAUACUCAGCACUCAGCGACGGAGAGCCUGAAGAUGCAAAGGAGGAGAAAUUCAGCGCAGGCCAGACAGUGGUGGAGCUUGCAGGCUUGCUGCCAGAAACAGACUACUCUGUCACUCUUUAUGCUCUCUAUGAUGAAGAGCCCAGUGAUCCAGUCACUUCAGUUUCCCGCACAUUACCCCUCCCAGCUCCGGUUGGAAUUCACUUCCCGAUUGUAACCCACAGCAUGAUAAAGGUGAGCUGGGUCCCUGGUGCUGUGGAUGUCCCAGGCCACAGAAUCACCUACAGCACCAAUCAUGGCAGUGACACCAAGCAGAUGGAGGUCAAAGGCCAGAACUCUGUGGUGCUGCAAAGCCUUUCAUCUCUGUCCCGAUACCUGGUUUCAGUCCAGUCCCACUACCCGCAAGGCCUGUCUGCCACACUCACCAGUAACGUCACAACACUGAAGGUGCCUUCUCCAUCAGAUCUCAAGGUGACUAAUUUCUCGGGCAGUGAAAUUAUGGUACGCUGGGCAGCAGCAGCAGAUGAUGUGGUCUAUUACCUCAUCAAAUGGAUCUCUUUAAGUGAAGGAGACCUGAGGCAGCUGAAGGUGAAUGGAGACAAUGAAGGAGCGAUCCUGGAGGGAGUGGAGGAGGAUAAAGAAUACCAGAUCUCUCUGUCUGCACUUUAUGGAGAUGGAGCUCAGAGUGAGGCUGUUGCCAUUCGAUACAGUACCUUGUCAGGCGGAGGCCCGUCCAGUGUAUCCGUGUCAGAAGAAACUGCAGUUAGCAUGUUGGUCAACUGGGUGCCUCCAAAUGCUCACGUCCUCCAGUACCGGGUUUCUUACACACCACUGACCGGAGCUGAGACUCAGGAUGGAACUGUGUUGGUCCCCGGUGGUCAUAAGCAGGUGGUGCUGGAGUCAUUGCAGCCAGAUACACGUUAUAGCAUCUUAGUCACUGCAGAGUAUCGCAACAGAGAGGGAGGCAGCGGCUCAGCUCAAGGCAAAACCGCCAGUCUACGUGUGAGCAGCAUAAGCGUCGUCAGGUCGGACCACUCCAGUGUCUGUUUGUCCUGGAGGCCCGUGUUGGCGGUCGAUGGAUACCGUGUUGUCAUUCAGUCAGUUAAAGACAAGCAAGUAAAACAGGAAACUGUGAGUGAGUCCACCAAUAGCUACUGCUUCAACCACCUGGAACCUGAAACCCUGUAUCGCAUCAGCGUACAUUCGCUUCUUGGCUCUGCAGAGGGCGCUGCCGUCUCCAUUCUCCAUCCUACAGCUCCAGCUCCAGCCAGAAUUCCCAUUCCUCCCCGGACAUAUCCUGUACACAAUGAAGUCUGUCCUGAAGUCACCAUCCAGAAUGGCAUUGUUAAAGGCUUUGACAUGAUGGAAGCGUUUGGUCUGACGCGGGAAGCUCACUCAUCAGUGGAGGGAGUGUCAGCCGAGCCAUUUGUCUUCAACACUCUGCCUGCCUACACCGUGUACAGAGAUGUGCAACUGACACAGAGCACCAAGUUUAUUCACCCUGCCGGUUUCUCUCCAGAGCACACCAUCAGCAUCACUUUUCGCCUGCUGCAGGACACACCGAUGGAGGCCUUUGCUCUCUGGCAGCUCACUGACAAUGACUUCCAGCCAAAGAUGGGAGUUGUGAUUGAUCCUUCUAGCCAACUUCUGAUGUACUUCAGCCUGGACUACAGGGGAGAAGUGCAGGAGCUCACCUUUGAUCAGCCACAGGUCCACAAGAUUUUCUAUGGAAGUUUUCACAAGGUUCACCUGUCUGUCAGCCAGGUGAGCGUCUCCCUGUCUGUGGACUGUCAGCCUGUUGGUGAAAGGCCAGCCCGCCCUCUGGGAAACCUACCAACCGAUGGAUUCGAGAUGCUGGGAAAACUGGUGAAAACCAGAGGACCUAAAAGCGGCUCAGCCCCGUUCCAGCUACAGUCCUUUGAAAUCAUCUGUAACAACACAUGGGCUUCAAUGGACACCUGUUGUGACCUGCCUGGAGUGAGGGAUGAGGAGAGCUGCCCUGCUCCACCGUAUGCAUGUACCUGUUCCUCCAACGUUCAAGGAGCUCCAGGCCUCCCUGGACCAAUUGGGAAACCAGGUCCUCGAGGGGAAAAAGGUGAUAAGGGAGAACAAGGGUCAAAGGGAGAGGUGGGCCCCCCAGGUAAGGCUGGAUUUGAGGGGGGUCUUGGACCUGUGGGCAGCAUUGGGCCCCGAGGCAUAACAGUCCAAGGCAAAAUUGGUCCACCAGGAGCCAGGGGGGAAAAAGGAGAUCCUGGCAGACCAGGAGUGCAGGGUUCACCUGGACCUCCAGGUCCAAAGGGAGAAGAGGGGAUCCCAGGCCCCAGGGGUAUCAGAGGUGCGGAGGGAAACAUAGGUGCCCCGGGCAUUACGGGAACCAGGGGUUUCCAAGGACUUCCGGGAUACCCAGGACCUGUCGGGGAGAGGGGUCCCUUUGGACCUGUUGGACCAACGGGUCUGCCGGGAAAUAAAGGGGAACGAGGUGAAAAGGGGGAACCACAGUCUAUGGCCAUGAUCUACCAGCUGGUCACACAGGCUUGUGAACAACUAGUUCACAAGGAGGUUUUGAAGCUUGAUAUGUACAUCAAUGAGAUUAGUCGAAAGCCCGUUCCUAUUGAGGAGCCGGUGGGUCCCCCAGGGGAGCCUGGUAUACCAGGGUCCAGGGGCCCACCUGGUGCCAGGGGCAACCAGGGGAGUGUUGGCUCAAGAGGGAGACCUGGGAGGCCUGGGUAUCCAGGAGAGCAAGGACGGAGAGGGAUCCCUGGAGAAAAAGGAAGUUUGGGGAAUAAUGUCCAGGGGCCCUCAGGGAUUAAAGGGCUUGCAGGUCCUCCAGGGGAGUCCAAGCCAGGGGUCCCAGGUCCAAAAGGAAACGACGCCAAACCAGGGCCACCAGGGACCACUGGGCCUUCGGGUCAGCCAGGAGAGAUUGGACCACAGGGGAUGUGUGACAGCAGUGGAGGCUGUCGAAAUGUUCCCCAACAAACAGAAGACCCUUAUUACGACUACCAACCCUGAGAGGAGAAAGCAAGCAGUCACCAAUGAAAUGACUCUCCUUUAGAGCUGAGCAGAAGUGUGUUUACCAGUCACCCUGUUCCAGUCUCCUUUCUGUUUGAAAUCUCCAGAGAAAUGAACCUAAGAUGAAUCAGAGAGCUUUCCAGUAUAAACCAGAAUAACUGUAUAUAAUAAAGAAAUCUCAGUUGGAUCACUUGAGUGCCAUAUUAUACAGUUUAGCACUGAAAGCUUUUCUUUAUGUUUUCAUGUAUUCAUGCACUGCCUAAAGCACCAAGUUAAGCCUUUGAAAUUAUGUUUUGUUUUUAUUGUAAGCCUUGCUGCCUCUAAGAUAAUUUAAAAUCCAUAUUUUGUGGUAUGAAAGCUUCUUUUUUUACACUAUAUAUAAAUAAUAAUAUGAGACUGCAUUUAUAUAUGUAUGAUAAUGUGUAUAUGUUUUGUAGUAUUUGCUGCAUCUUUUUUAAUUCAUGUAAAUUUUGUGUGUUCUGAAUUUCACCUGGAAGCCCCUGUUUACAUUUUCUGAUGUCUUGAGUUUGGCAAAUUAUAUGAUUGACAAAAGUGUUUAAGUAUGAAAUAAAAUCUUUGAAUUAUU